AUGAGUAAAGUGCACGUCGUCAUCAUUCCGCCAGAAAAUGACGAGUCUAAGCAUCAACACGAUAACUUCGAGACGACUGGACCGCUGGAGUACAUUGGCUGGAUUCCCAUUGACUACUCUGUUGAAAAGCUGAAGCACGACGUGGGUCGGUACUGCCAGAUAAAAACCACCAAGUACGAUCUUUAUGACGAAUUUGGCAGCAUACUAGCCGGCGGCAAACCACUGGAGCUUUCACAUUUCCACCCCGCAGUUUUGACACUUAAGCGACGCGAACGAGUGACAUCAAUUCCAGUCAAGAGAACUACCAACGUGAAGUCGUUGGAUCCUUUCUGGAUACACGAUCAGCUCUUCGAUUUGUUCGUCUUCAAUGCUCUACAGAACCGUCAGAGCAGUACACUUCGCAUUACCAGCUACCAGCUCAAGCAUCUUCUUCAGAAAUCUACAGCAAAGACUAUCUACCAACAGAAGAAGAAGCUGGUUUUCGAUAAACGAGUGGCUCUGGCGUUCCGAGGAGCUCAAUCGAUUGUCUGUAACAGUGGAGAUGGAAUUUCUGGCGUCAACUUUGAUGAAUUUCUGGAUGCUCUAGUAGACGUAGCUUGUUUCAUGCAUCCGAAAGAAUCGUCCAAGGAGAGGGCACUGGAGAAACUUGCGCUUGAGUAUAUAAUUCCGUGUCAUGAAAUGGAGCAGUUUGCAGCUGGUUCGGACACGUUGUCUUGGGAUCAAAUAGACGAGUUAAUGGAACGAGAAAAGGUCAGAGCGGUAGCUCAACGUUUUACCAAGACAAUUGGAGAUCUCGCUACAUCUUACAGUCGUAAUGUUGGAGUUGCUCAAAAACGUUGUGUAUUGGGAUACCAUGAGUUUCAUCGAUUUAUUCGUGAUAUUAUCCCAACGACGGUACCGAUUUCCUCCACUGAAGUGUGCAAGGUGUUCAUGCGCUAUUGUCGGAAGGAGCAAAGCAACAAUAAGAACCAGAGGACCGAGUUCGACGAGCCUGAAUAUUCGCCGGUUAGAGAAGAAAUUUCAGCUCUUUCAAGUUUAGGAGCUUCGACGCUGGAGGUCGUUUGCGGGAAAAUAAUUGAAAGUGUAGUCUACAUCGCUCUUCUAGCAGUUCCUCGUCUUGUUAAGGCAAAAGAGAAAAUGUCUCCAAGCUGCCUGAACGUGGAUCUAGCGAGCAAACUGGGCGUCCAGUCUCUCAAAGCGCUUCUCCACCACAUUUCGAAUAACUUGGGGACAAACGGAGGCGCUCUAGCGAAGAAAAACGUCGAUUUUAACCAAGCAAGAGUGCAUUUUCUGCUUGAAUUCAACAAAAUGCACCGGGAAGACUUGCUAAUUGAUUACCAGAGCAGUUGUGCUCCUCUCUUGAAGCCACGAAAGAUACAACAACUGGCCAUUGGUGAGACUCCCGCUGUGAGGCAAGAGCAAGAACCAGUUAAGACGAAUGAUGCUAACGUCGAUAUUGAAUUCUCGUGGAAUCUGGACUUGGCUGAUAAUGCAGAAAACACUGGAAACGGCAGCGAACCAAGCGUCAACACACCCAUCCCGCAGGUAUCAGUAUCUCAGAUUGACUCUCAAGUGUUGGUGGAGCAAAGAAAACGUGAGCUGGAACAACUAAACGCUUUAUCGAAUGAGGCCGAUGAAAUAUAUGCCUUUCUCGCUGGAGAAUUACAGAGGCAUUCACUUGCCAAAAAACCGGAUACUCAAGAUACAGUGCCUCAUAUGUUGGAUGUCUGGGUGUCAGCAGGUGAAAAAUAUUCCGAUGUUAUUAACUACGUCGAGUCAUCUCCGCAACUUCGAGCCAAAUACCUCGCUCGCUUCGGACGUUCACUGUAUAUAUUUGCAUCUCAAGUUCUCAAGAGCACAACUAAAGUUUACAGCUACGAAGAACUCUUUUACGUCACAAAUGUCCGUGUUUACACGACAAAUUCUGACACAUGGAGUGACGAAUCGAUAUUAUUUACUCUGGAUUUGGCUAUGGAGACACUAUCACUUGCAUCUGGAAAACUUACACAGGCCAGUGAUGAACUGAGCGCUUUAAUUACUAUCGCUCGAAAGAAUGAUGGUCUUAGUGAGAGUGACGAUGACGAAUCCAGUAUUGGUACUGAAAUCGGGGAGUAUGACGAUGAUUGGACAAUUAGCGCGCUCUAUGAACGGUAUUUGUACUGUCUGUAUCUACGAGCAAAGUGUUUGGCAGCAUAUGCAGACGUCAUAGCACACAACAAGAAGGUUUGUGCAGACUACGAGCUGGGUGCCAAGUUUGACGAGACCAAGCAAAUUGAUGAGAGGAGUAUCACCAACGAGGUCUUUUUUGAAAGCACACUUAUUUUGUCGAAAACGUCUCCACCAGGUGAAUUCUACUGGGAGGCCAAGAAGAUGUUCCGCUUCCUGUUACAACACUCCAAAGGUGGACUAAACUAUUCCAGAAGUCAUCUUCACCAUAGUCUGGCAAUGGUGCAUUUUAAGCUAGCAACUCACCUCCCCAGAGGUUGUGAAGCCGAGAAACAAUUACUGGAAAAUGCGUUGAUAAAUCUAGACGCAUGUGCACAAAGCGAGGAUAAUGCUGUAGAAUCCAACGUUCUUAACACAAAGCGCAGCUACAUCCGCGCGCUGUUAGCCGUUCGACGGAAGUUCUUUCUCGCUGAAAGUCAACCAUCAACGGCUGCAGAUCAACAGGACCAAGAAGAGACUAUCACACCAUUUUACCGCUUUGUACUUGCUGCAGCAUUUGCCGACUUUGAUACCGACAAGAAAGGUGUACUCUUACAACCUGAACUCACGCUUUUGAGCAAAGCGUGUGGACACAGGGCAGUAUCUUCCGAGACAUUUCAAUGGUUAUUAAACAAUUUUGAUAACCAAGAUGGCGGUUUGACAGAAAGAGGGGUACUGCAAUAUUUCUGCUGGCUCGCUGAAGCAGAUCCCGUGGAGUUCUGCGAAAUCAUUAAUCUGUUGGCAGCGAAACAUACCGGGGCACACAACUUUUCGAUAUAUUCUGGUGAUUGCACGUAUCCACGGAAACAGUCAACCAUUAAAUCAUCGACAGGUCGCAAAACAUCAGCAAGCUCGACAAGCGAGCGAUACCGAGUGCGCAGUCGCACGGGUAUUGCGGAUUGCGUUGUUGUCUUGGGUGGAAAAAUGACCAAAACGGUAGGAGUUGAUGUCAGUAACACUGCUUCGCCAACAGAUAUUCGACUUGAACCCGAAGUGGUAGACGUACUACCAUCACGGGCUAGUCUACCAGAGGAGCUACCAAAAUUCUGUUUCCCGGACGAUAUUUACCUCAGUACAGAGCCUUUCUCGUUGAAGACGUUCGACAUCGUUCUCACUGAGACCUUGCGUGCAUUACUCCAUCCGUUCGUGUUCCAGCAAGUAUACAUCCCACUUCUUCCGCUGUCCUUAGUUGAGUUUAUCUGCGCACCAGUACCAUUCUUCAUGGGAGUUCGCUCCGACCAACGACUAGAACGGCUGGUGGCUGAGGGAGUCAUCUUAGUUGAUCUCGACAAUAACGACAUUCGAGUACCACUUAACGAGGCGCUUCCACUUCUCACCGACGUAAAAUCACGGAAGCUGCUCCAUACUCUGCGGAAACUCUCGAUUUGGUCAGCAAGUCAGCGCACACGACACAGCUUUGGACAUGGCUGCAGUACCGACGAACGUCCGCUUUCACCAGAAUAUGAGCCUUCCCAGCCCUCAGUCCUUGAAGUGGGGCAAGCAAGUACCAGACAUGACGAGUUGACUGAGAAGUGGAGUGAAAUACAGGCGCUCUUUUCUUCGUUCUCGAUACGGAUUCUCAAGGACGUCCGCAAGCAUUGCACUAGGACUGGAGCACCAGGGAACAACUCGGCGGACACUGUGGUUUUUGAUGAACGUGGUUUCUUAGCCAUGCACCCAAGUUUCCGAGAUUUUUGCUCGCAUUUGUUCCAAACCCAGCUUUUUCAACGCUCGAUCGAGAACAUCUGGACGUUCAGUGAUACUUCUAGCAGCGGGUCAGAACCAGAGCAAUACUGGAAAUCGAUUCGUGCCAAAGGGAUGCUACGGAAGAAUUCUGAAGGUAAUGAGGAUACUAAGUCACAGCGCCGACGAGUGAAUCAAGCGCCUCUACCGCCGAAAAAGCUCGCAAACUCGAAGAUAAUCGACAAAUCAGCAGGACUCGGAUUCCCUGCGUUGAACGGAAAACUUUACGAUGAACUGCUCGAAGAGUUUAUCGACUUCAAGGGACUGGGAGUUUCAGGGAGUGAGGAUGCAGGGCCACCAAUUCGUCCGCUGUCUUCACUAGGAUUCUCAUCAGAAGCGUCGAGUAUAUCAAUUCUAACGUCGCCAUCAUUUCACGACGGGGAUGUUGACGCCUUUCAGCUAGUAAAUGCAGCCAGGAAGCGACUGGAAGGUAGACGCGGGGAGAUAAUGGAUCAGUAA